AUGGGUGCUCUUGCUAUCGAUGGCAACGACAGCCCCUUGCCUCAGCUGUUUGCCAACGAUGGUCCAUUGGCACCAGAGAGUGUAACCCGUCUGAAACCGUCCUCGCCAGACGAACCGGUCGAGGACCUCCUAGCUCGUCUACACAGAGAUGGCUACCUGUUUCUCAAACAGCUUCUGCCCCGAGCCGACGUGCUGAAGGCACGAGAGGAGUAUUUCAAGUUCCUGUCUCCCACUGGCGUCCUCAAACCAGGUUCCGCGCCUGUCGAUGGCAUCUAUGAUAGCUCAAAGGACACCUCUGCCUUUCCCGGCAUAGGCGCUGGCUCCACCGGACAGAACUCUCGCCCCGACGCUGAGCAGGCCCAGCUAUUCGUAGAUCUGGCAAUCGAUGCACAUCGCAAGGAGUGGUACACGGAGACCUUUUGCCGGAACCCUGUUCUGACAGCGUUCAUUGCCCGCCUGACUGGCUGGGGCGACAAGACGUUGCUCUUCCGGCGCAGCCUGCUGCGCAACAAUAUCCCCGGCACGAAGGCCAUCGGUGUGCACUAUGACCAGAUCUUCCUGCGCUGGGGUGACCUGUCGAACCUGACGGCGUGGUGUCCGAUGGGGGACAUCAGCAUCGAUGGCGGGGGGCUGAUCUACCUGGAGGGCAGCCAGGAGCUGGGCGAGCAGCUUGAGAAGGACUUUUUGGAGAGAGCUAGGAAGGAAGGCUUCUCGGAGACGGAGACUAAGAAUGCGUUCAACCGCAACAUGCUGUCCAACGGACUGCUUUCCAACAAUCCGGCUGAGUUUGGGCAGAAAUAUGGAAAGCGGUGGAUGGCGUCCGACUACGAGGCUGGAGACGUGGUACUCCAUUUACCUUAUAUGCUCCAUGCAUCGACCAUCAACUAUAGCCCCGAGAAUGUCAUCAGACUGGCAACCGAUAUCCGAUUCUGCGACAGCUCCAGACCCUAUGAUAAGAGGUGGUGUAACUUUUUUGAUGUGAAGUGA